GAACAGCAGCCUGGCCGCUCGUUUCUUUCACUCUCCUCCUCCCACCUUCCUUUUCCAAUUGCUACUACGACUAACGCCGAUACGCACUCCUUAUCUCUCCUGCCAGUUUCCACCUUUCCCUCUUUCUUCCCCCACGGAAACCUUCGUCUGUUCCUUCAGUAGCUACUCGCCAAUCACCGUCGUUACAUUUUCACGCUUUCGUUUAUUCAUAGAAAAUUCUUAUCAAGAUGCUGCCCUACAAUCCCUAUACAAAUUCAAAGGGUCUCUUCAACCCCCGGGUUAUGGAAGUGCGCCCUCAGGCUCCAUCUACUCCAGUCCAGCAAGUGAGCGCCCCGCAGGGGGGCCAGCCGCAGGUGAAACAUCCGCAGGGGAGUGCUCAGCAAGCGGGUGUUACUCAGUCAAAUCACCCAAGACGCUCCAAACCUACCCACAUUUGCCCGGAACCUCCACGGAAAUUGAGCGGCGAGAAGCAUCAUGUCGAGAUGACAUCUGGCGAUAUUUCUAUGCCCUGCCUCCCUGCCCGCAAGAGGAGCCGUAUUGAAGAACUCGAUACAGCAAAUACAGAAGCUAGUGCGACUGAGAUCAUCCUUGUUUCCAAACGCAGGAUAAGCAUUCAAAAUGUGCCAUCUUGGGUCCUCAUGAAAGUUCUUGAGUGGCAAGUGAAGGGCGAGAGCACAGCCGUCACUGUUAGAGAGAUCGCCAAUCUUGUCCUUGUAAGCAAGGAAUUCCGCAUCCUUUUUCAUCCCGAGCUUGUUAAGGAGGGUAUCCGUCAUGCCGCCCGUACAAAAAACAUCGUCUUGCUCCAACAUCUAUGUCCGAAGGCACAGACCCUUAACUUCCCCGCAUGGACUUCCGGCAAAGGCUGCAAGUCCCAGGGAGCUCGCAAUGCGUCACUCUCGCCUGUUGGUGCACCCCUCCACGAGUCGGUGGGCGCAAACGAUGUAACCUGUGUCGCGUUCCUCCUAAAAGCAGGUGCUGACCCUAACUUCCUCGACUGCCGCCACGAGACUGCACUCCACCGAGCCGCCAAAUCUGCUGGUCCUUUGAUCCUUGUGCUGUUGGUGAAGGCCGGCGGCAACCCUGAGAUCCGUAACUUGCAACUCUGGACACCCUUCGACAUUGCUAUUGCUAGCAGGAACUUCGCCAUCAUGUACUCUCUCUGGCGUCUCGGUCAUCAAGUCGAUGGCCGUAGGGACCCCACCGGUAGUUCUCCCUUGCACAAGGCUAUCGACACUGACUGCUUGCCCACCCUCCAGCUGGUGUUGGCCUUUGAACCAAAGCUGAAUGUCAAAGAUUGGUCCGGUGCCACUCCCUUGAUCUACGCCAUUUGCCAGGGGAAGAGUUCCAAGGUCAUAGAUGCGAUCAUGAGGCUCAACCCUAACGCGUUGGCCAAGGAUCGUGCAGGUAAAACAGCCCUUUACUACAUGUACGUUCGUAAUGAUGCGGUGAUUAAGGGUUUGUUUGCUCGCUACUAUUGUGGCAGUGAGUUCAACAAGGGAUUGAAGGACGCACAGAAAAAGUCUUAUAGGCGUUACGAGACCACACCCGGGGAGUUUAGUUUCAUUUAUCACUAUUAG